GUGUGUGUGUGUGUGUGUGUGUGUGUGUGUGUGUGUGUGUGUGCACAGCUUAUUCCCCAUGUGCCUAACAUCAUUAUAUUCCUGUUUCACCAUUUGCAUUGCUCGCCAUUUGCUCAGCAUAGCACGAACCCGCACUCGCACAGACAUGCAGGGUGCAGCCAAGGGCCUCGCUGAGUGACCCCUAAUGCAUGUUACAUAAGAGCCGAGGUCCAAUUAACUCCCCACCCUACAUAUGGAUCCAAGUAGCAGCAGGGGCCAAUAUAUUGUAUAGGAGCCACUGAGACUGAGGGGGAGCUUUGGCAUUUGCAGCGCAGUGAUAUUUUCACUCUUUCUUGAGUCUUUGUCUCUUUUCUCUUUCAGCUAUUCAGCUGACUACUCGCAGCCUGUACUUCUCUGACACGCACGCACACACACACACACACACAGCUGUCUGUACCCCCUGCACCACACCAAUGAAGAGUAACAUCACUGCAGUGCAAUAGUGAAUCUCUGCCACACACUGUUGCCUCAGGACUGAUGCCGACUGUCAAGGACAGUGUCAGAGGAACUUCUUCUUUUUUUCCAUCCAGAGUUACGAAACUAACAUCUGAGGUUUCUUUUGUUCUGUUCUAAAUCAAUAUUGAAACGGUUGGAACAAUGGUGAAAGCUGCUGAUUGUUGUGCUGUGGCGGCCUCCUAUCGUUCUCGGGACUCUCUGCAGGGGUGUGAUGAGGCACAACUGUCACAAGCUGCAGCAUCACAAGAUUGAAACAGCAGACUGACCGAGCUAUACGUCCUGACUCUUCACUGAUCAGAAGACUUUGUGGUGCAAGUCUCUUCUUGCACAGUUAAGUUUGCAGGUUAUUGACUUGUGCGUCAGCUCUGACCCAGAUGCACACAAGCAGAGCAGGUUCACCCAGCCAAGACUUUAAUGAGUCUGCUAUCAGAAGAACUAGAAGAGCAGGGUUCUGUAAGGAACUCCAAGCCGGAGAACACCACCUGUGUUCAUUGGUAGAGCUCCGUCUCCUCAUGUGGAGACAUGCCUCUUUAAGUUUAUAGGUGGCUAAUUACACUCAACGGUGGAUAGCACACCUGCCUCCUGUCUUCCUACAGCUAAACAUGGACAGAACAUACUCCCCGUCUUGGUUAGUGACUACAUGGGCGUAUAUCAUCAAGUAUUUUUACCCAGCAUUGCUUCUUAGCUGCUGUACAUGUUUGGUUACUGUACACAGGCUGCUUCUGCUAACAGGUCCGUCUUUGUCUGUGUUAUCUUAAGAGUCCCGCCUGUUUCUCCAAGGUUAAGUGCUCCGAUUGCAACAGGAGGGGGCCGACUAGUCUGCAAACAUUUGAACGGAAGGCGUUGCAGUCCAGCUGUUCUUUGCUUUGCUUUCAAUCUAGCAACCUGUGUUGAUGUCUGUUUGGUGUUUUUAGCCACAGCUACAACGCCAUCACACUUCUUAACCUUCGGUGUGAUGGCCGUUUUUUUUAGGUGAGAGAGGGAUGAUUUAUUAGGAUAUUUUUCAAGGCAGUGUAAAUUAUUCUGCAUGUUGUAUAGCUUUUUCUAACAGUAGCCCAUCUCCAGCUCAGCAUAUGGCAAACAGCUGGCUUCCUGUACUGACCAAGGAGGUCCCAGGAUAAUAUACUGUAGGGCUCUCUAUAGGACACACACACACACACACACACACACUUUGAAGUAUAUACAACUUAAUAACCACAGAACCUUUGACCUGCAUGUUUCUGCCAAUUCCAGUCAAAUUGAAAGAAGAAGACGGUCGUGAAACUUCUCCAGGUCUCAACUAAACAACCACAACAGACUCUCGCAUUACCAGCCCACUGUUUCACCAUGACUAGAACCACAUGACUAGAGCUGCUGUGUGUGUGUGUGUGUGUGUGGGUGUGGGUGUGGAUGUUGUGGUUAAAGUUGCUGGCAACCUGUCUUGUGAUGCAACAGUUGUUGAUGGGAAGGUGAGCCAGAGUAAAGCUUACUGUAGUGUGAGGGCAGGUGUUGGUGUGUUCAUAUUGGAUGUUAUCAGUUUAGCCGAGCAGAGGUCACAUGUAGAGUCGUUAACAGAUACUCCUACACUAUCCCUCGCCAUGUGUUUAUCUACUUGAAAAUGUCCAAUAAAAUAGUUCAACCCCACUGAGAUUGUGAAAAGGCUGGUCACGAUAACGGCGUUGGUCGGACAAUGUUGUCUGAUAAACGAUAUUAUUUUCAUGUCAUUUAUAGACCGCUUUAUGCCACUGAUAUAAUGAUAUUAUAUAAAACACAAUAAUCCAAGUACAUCCUUUCAAACAGCAGUGAACUUUUAAUUCUUAAGAAUAUUGGAACAUUGGGAUUAAUAUGUGAAACAAAUAUUCUAAAUAAAUGUAAUGAAACCAUGCAAUCAAAACAAUAAAUAAAAUGUCUGUUCAAAUUUGCGCAGUGCCCAACUCUUAUAGUAUGAAAAGCCUGCUGGUAAUUCUGGCAUCUUGUUGGCUAACACGUUGGUGACACUCUUAUGUCAACAAACACGCAUGUAAACACAACAAGCAAUAUCUAGAUCAUCAAGAGUAAUUGAUGUCCCUGUAUCGUAUGAUAAGUUAAAUUAUCGUGACAGGCCUAAAUGUAAAGCAUUGUCACGUAGUUUAUAAUAUCCCAUAAAGUUGAUCUGAUCAGAUAUUUUAAAUGUUUUCCUUCAUAUGUUAACCUAUUAACUAACAAUAGCGUUGCUGAAAGUACAUUGUAGAAGAGAGCUUCAAGUAAUAAAGCGUCCGUGUUCCUUUUUCCAAUUUAGUCAUGAGGAGAAACGAUUCUAUUUUAGUGGCAAGAGGUUAGACGUUUUUAAUUCGUCUUACAGUCUUUGAUAACAUUUUAAUUUACACUCGGUUAGAGAGUAUGCAGCAGGGUUCUUCUGAUUUGUUACCACACUUCUGUGAAGAAGAGGCUUGCCGUAGACAUCCCUGUAUUGUUGUGUUUUGUGUCCCAGCUGUUAUUGUGGUGCUCUGUAUUACUGAGGAGGACAGGACUCACCUCUGACUUUAAAUUAAAACACUAAUAGAUCUGAUGCUCUGUGUAAAGGAAACCCGGCUUUUUACAAACAGCCCACCUUUGGCUGCUAUUAAAACACACAGGAUGUAGGCUGAUCUCUGCAUGGUAGUAUUGCAGGACUGAACAAAAUGUUCGUCUCGUACUUUUUUGACAUGUCAUGUGACUGAAUGCACUGCAUAACAAACGUCACAAUACAAUUAAUUUCUUUUAAAAUGUUUUAUAAGAUGCAUAAACAUCAGAAAACACUGAGAAGAGGAGACAUUUCAGACAAGUCCCACCCACUAGCAAUAACAAUAACCAUAACCAUACAUCUGACCAAAAUCUGUUUCCAUUGGCCACAAAUGGAGCCGGGUCCUUGUGAAAAUAUGAGGCUUGUGUGCGACGCCACAUUGGAUCCUGUGCAUGUGGGUCGGUUAAGAUGCAUUAGCUACAAAUUCUAAAUCGCCAUCUAAUCCAGGCUUCAUGUGCUGUGGUCGGUCCACGAUCAGUAGCAAGUUCAACCACAGCCUCACAGGUCAGAGGAUGCUCAUGGACCUAGAAUAACAACACUGUGCUUAUUACAGUGAAUAACAAUGGGCUGCAAAGACUGUGAACACUGAGCAUACUAAAUAGUGCCCUAUGUGUCAGUCAGACUGCUCAUUGAUAACCUCUCUGCUCUGGAAAACAGCCAAAGCAUGAAGCAGGCCUUCCAUAAACAUUACAAUAAAGCUUGGCUCUGCUUCAGAGUCGGAUGUAUUCGUUUAGUUUUCGGGCUCUUGGCACACGCGGGUGUGAAUAUGAUGAGGGUGCUGCAGUUUUACAGUGUUUUCCAAAUUGUUGUCAGCUUACAUCCUCGCAUGUCUGCACGCCAGCAGCAUAUAAAACCUUUUAAUAGGCUGUAAAAGGAACCAAAACAUCGCGUCCAUCUCCCAGCAUACAGCGUGUCCGUUCAGACCACCUGGGUGUGAGGAGGGUCGCUUCUGCCCCCACACUUCCUUCACCACCGCCACGUUACCGAGACACCGUGAGCCUCAGUCCGGAUAACUUCAGCCUGUUUGUCAUCUGUUCCUGCUCCUUAUGUAACUCAACCACAACGCCUGCGUGUUGGGAGGAAAAAGGGCGGAGAGGAGACAAAGUGAAGGCUCCUCAAUGAGCUCACCGCCAAACCAAAAAAAAUCCCAUGUGGGUUCAAUUGACUCUAUUGUAUUAGUUUAAUGAGAACAUCUAUUGACCCUGUGGUACCAGGACACCCUAUUGUAACAAUAGAAUUAAGAUUAUUACAAAGUAUUAAUAACCAACUGUAUGAUAUAAUCCUUCAUGGGCUACUAUGUAGUAACAAGAGUAUGCAGCUUUUAAACAAACACUGCAUGCAGUGAGUUUUCUGAUCAGCCCGCAGAGAGGAGGAACCAAACAGUCUAAUAAACUGCUGGACUAAAUACCUGUACUGCUGCCAGCGUUUUCUGUACAAGUGUCGGUGUAGAGGGGGGUUGGCGGUUGUGGGCGGUCCUACAUCCCCUGCUGUCCUCAUUGGCUCCCCACUCUUCCAAAAAAAAAAAAAAUCACCACAUGUCUCCAACUCCUCCCUCCUAUGGCUUCUGCAGCGAGAGUUUGACCCAAGUCAUAUGUGUCUGUACUGUACGUGGUGGAGGAUGUUGCUGAAUAAAUAACGAAUGUUUAGAAAACGGUACGGACACUUGUUCAUUAUUUUCAAAUCUCGUCGCGAGCAGGCUCACAGCGUGCUAGGCUCAAACAGUUACGCGUAAUUUAUUGCGCGAUUUGGAAACACGCGCCUUACUUACGCGGAAUAAAUCUGUCAUUUUCCACUAUAUUACGACCAGCGACAACGGAGGAAGUUGAGAGACGUUUCGACAUGACCGAGCACGUGACUGUGGGAACAGAGUGAAAGUUUUACUCUCUCUCUCUCGGACCAAGAGAACACCUGACAGCCGUCCUCCGUCUGCGCUGCGCCCCGUCGCCGGCAUGACGCUCGGAGCGGUGUCCGGAUCCGACGGCUCGUCGGCGGUCAGCUUCUGCUCCUGCUGCGGGGCCAAGAUGGUGCCCUACUUCAGCGACGACUCGGUGGUGUCCCAAAAUCAGAUCAACCAGCUUAUCAGUGAGAGUUUCCUCACCGUGAAAGGCGCGGCCCUGUUCCUCCCCCGGGGAAACAGCCCCACGCCUAACUCCGCACCUCGCAUCAGCCACAGCAGGAACAAGCACACAGGUGACCUCCAGAAACAUCUUCAGACCAUGUUCACUGUGCUGCGGCCGGAGGACACCAUCCGACUGGCUGUGCGUCUGGAGAGCGCCUACCCUCAGGUAACCCGCUACAUGGUGGUGGUCUCCACCAACGGCAGACAGGACACGGAGGAGAGCAUCGUGCUCGGCAUGGACUUUGUCUCCUGUGAUAGCUGUACAGUGGGUCUGGUUCUACCUCUCUGGAGUGACACUCUGAUCCACUUGGAUGGAGACGGUGGUUUUAGUGUUUCGACGGUGAACAGGGUUCAUGUUUUCAAGCCAGUUUCUGUCCAGGCCAUGUGGUCGGCCCUCCAGUCGCUCCACAAAGCAAGCGAGGUGGCCCGCUGCCACAACCACUACCCGGGCAGCCUGUUCCUGACCUGGGUCAGCUACUACCAGAGCCGGGUCUCAUCGAACCAGUUCUGCAUGAACGAGUGGAACGCCAUGCAGGACGUCGAGUCGCACCGUGCCAAUUCACCCGUUCUCUUCACAGACCUGCCCACAGAGAGGGAGCGCACAGAGAGGCUGAUCAAGAUGCGCCUCAGAGAGAUCAUGAUGCAGAAGGACCUGGAGAACGUCACCUGUAAGGAGAUCCGUACAGAACUGGAGAUGCAGAUGGUUUGUAACCUGAGGGAGUUUAAGGAGUUCAUAGACAACGAGAUGAUCCUCAUCUUGGGACAGAUGGACAGCCCCACCGAAAUCUUUGAACACGUCUAUCUGGGCUCUGAGUGGAAUGCCUCUAAUCUGGACGAGCUGCAGAACAGCGGAGUGCUCUACAUCCUGAACGUGACCAGGGAGAUAGACAACUUCUUCCCGGGCAUGUUUCAGUACCACAACAUCCGCGUGUACGAUGAAGAGGCCACCAACCUGCUGGAGUACUGGAACGAGACCUUCAAGUUCAUCACCAAAGCCAAGAAAGCUGGUGCCAAGUGUCUGGUUCACUGUAAAAUGGGCGUGAGUCGCUCCGCCUCCACAGUGAUCGCCUACGCUAUGAAGGAGUACGGCUGGGACCUGGACACUGCCUUUGACUAUGUCAAAGAGAAACGGGCCGUCACCAAACCAAACCCUUCCUUCAUGAAACAGCUGGAGGAGUAUCAGGGAAUUCUGCUGGCCAGCAAACAAAGGCAUAAUAAGCUAUGGCGCUCGCACUCUGACAGUGAGCUAUCGGAUCGCCCAGAGUCCAUGUGCAAAGCCUCGUCUCACUCGUUGGGCCGCUCCGACUCGCACAACAACAACAGUUCCUCGCCCUCCUUGCAUCACUUCCUGGGCGUGGCCGUGCUGCAAGCGCUCGGCGCGGAGCCCGGAGGCUCGGCCAAGACAAACGGCUGUGACUCCCACGCAGACUCCAACGGUGUGUGUGACUCACCGGGUCAGGAGGAGGAGGAGGAGGUCGGAUCCGAUUGCGGAGACCCCCUCCUGCUCCCCCUCCCCAGACCCCGGGCAGCCACCGUCGUCCCGGAGGAAAGACUGGACAAUUCCACCAGCGUGGCUGUCACUGUGCCUGUUGCUUUGCCCCACCCUCCGCCAUCGCUCCACAUCUUACCCCCUACUCCUGAACUCCAACGUGCUCACCGGGGUCCCCCCACCCAUCUGUCUAUUUCAGUGCCCAAACACAGACCGGUGGAACUGUCCCUCAAUCUGCCCGAGCGAAGCAGCUCGGAAGAAAUCUCUCCUCUCACUCUGGGAUCCGCUGACUCAGACGUAAUAGACCAAUCAUUAUCAGACGUUACAAGUGACAAGCAGAGCCCCCUCAGCCCUGCGAACAUCACGCUUCUUCCGCUUGCUGCCAGUGACGACAACAACAACCCCAGCGAGCUGCAGAUAGGCAGCGGGCGCGGCGAGGCCGACGGGUCGUCCAACCACAGCACGGACAGCAUCGACUUCUUCAGCGCCAGGGAGAAGUUUCUGGGCCUGGCCCAAGACGGCAGAUCCCGGACGCUUUCUGAGCAGGCACAGCAGAGGACACCUCUGUCGUUUGAGGAGAACGAAGAAACUGAGGUUAAGGAGGAAGAGGAGCAAGGCUAUGGGAGUAGUCAGGCAUCUCCACAGUCUGAUGACGGCGUUGACAAAGCCAGCCCUGACCGAACUUCCCCUGACAAUGGAGUGUCAGUCCGCCAUAUUGUCACAGAGAUUGAAGCCAUAUGCCACCCUGCCUCCUGCCUUCCUGCCUCCUCCUCUGCGUCCCUCCCUCCACCCUCCCACAGCCCCCAGGUCAUCCGAUCGGACCAUCAGACGGAGGCGGAGGCUGCCGAGGUCACGCACGGCUCUCUGACUCCUCCCUCCCACCCGCAGUCUCCCUCCAUGCUGCCGUGCGACUGGCCGGCGGGCUCGGUGCGGCGAGCCACCGAGCAGCUGGAGCAGAAGCUGAAGCAGGAAAUGGAGAUGGCCGCGUCGCAGCGAUCUCCGCUGCAUUCCCCCAGCGCGGAACAACCUCCGCUCAGACUGUCCCUGUGUCCCCUGAGCGCGGAACAUCCUCCCGUUGGCUUGCCUCAGGACUCCACAGAACGAAGGAUCACUCAGGGAGAGGUCGCUGCUGUGUCUGCCAAGUCCAAAGACGAAGAAAAGCACACGGGGUCACAAACGGAGCUCAACUCCUCAAGCACAGACGACCUCCCCGACUCAGAUAUCAGCCGAGUCUCUGGUGCUACACUGGUCAUUGUGCCCACUUCCAUAGACAGCCACAUGUUGACCUCAUCACUGGCCUCUGCUAGUCAGUUAGAAGAAUCAUCUCGAGAUACCUCAGCCCAGUCCCAAAGACAAAGCCAGCUCCAAAGCCAGCAACAUCAGAACCAGGCCAGUUCACACCAAAUGACUCUGGAUGGGGCGACAGCGCAGGAGUCGGACACAGACGAGAGGCCGGAAUCCGGUUCUGAGUUCCGGCGAGGGGGCUGUGGCCCCAGCUGUGACGCCGAGAGCAGGCUGGCCCGUGGCAGCCAGGAGCUGGAGAGGAUUCAGCAGACUCUGAGGGAGCUGCAGGCUUUCCUCCACGAGGGCGUCAGCCGGGAGAUGACGGACAGCCAAGACCAGGAACCGGGGCAGCCUCAGGGGCCGAGAGACGUUAUGGACACGGAGCCAGAACCUUGUAAAGGGUCGAGUUCUGAACGGACCCUUCCAGACAUGGAAGUAGGCCAGCGGCGGCGAGAGAGACAAGAGGGGAAGAGUUUCCUGGAGCCGAUAGUGUGGCACAGAGCCAUGGAGCUCGAGGCUCGUAUCCGCCAGGCGGGCCUCACCCCCCCCUCUCUAAUGAAGAGGUCGGCCUCCUUGGCUAAACUGGACUGUCUGGAGCUGUCGGCCAACGACCUCAGCGACUUGGACCUGAGGACACACACCAGGGCGACGUCAUCACAUUCCCAGGACUCUUUCUCCGUGUCCACGUCUCACCCCGACGACACCUGGAAGAAGCAGAAAGUGUUGGCUCGCAGCGCUCACGUUGAAAAGACAGGUCUGUCCCACGGCGGCGGGGAAUUUGCAGAGUCAUCCUCGUCGCCCUCCCUCUGCAUCUCCUCGUCCUCCUCCCCUGCACCUCGCUGCUGUCCAAAAGACGACACGGGUGAGAGGGAGGAGCCGGACGGGAGCGGCGCGGUGGCGCCGACGCGUCAGCAGGGCAGGGGACACUCGUCGAGACGAUCUCGCAAAGGCUCCGCUGAGAAAAAGCAGCGAGCCGUCACUGUGCUAUACAACACCAUGUAACCUCAGCGCAACGGACUGGAAGGGACGCGACUGGAGCCGCGCAGAUGUGUGAGAGAGACCGCAUGAUGCGUACGAAUGUGUAGCAGGUAAACUGGAGACCUCGUGUGACCUCCGAUACGUAACCAUACGUUUAGUGUGUGUGAGAACUGAAUUAAAAAAAACAUGUUUGCAUGUAAACCACUGGAUGUGUUGUUUCAACUGGAGUUCAGGUUUGUAUGUACAGUAAUGAACUAUGAAUGUGCAGAUGAAGAUUGAACCCGUGCAUACUUUAUGCACUCCAUUGUGUCUCGCUCCCAUAUUUUUUUAAAGAAGCGUUUGUUUUCAGUGUUUGACCCUCACUGCCUGUUUCUACAACUAUGAGGGCUUUUUCUCCAAACAAUGCACUUUACUGUUUCAAUGGUUUUAUUUUAUUUGGAAUGUUUCUUACCCCGGGGAGGAUUCUUUUGCACUGAUCUCGGUCGACUUGUCUUUGGAGCAUGUGUUUUGUUGUUUGUUUUCAAAGUGCACAGACACAUGUCUUUAUUCAGAUUUUAAUUGAACCAGGACAAAGAUGAUACCAUGUUUUGUUUUUUUAAUUCAAUGCUUUAGCAUUAAAUAAAUGUGGUGAGUUUGUUUUGAA